AUGAGUGCGGCAUUCCUUAAGAAAUUCUUCCCCAUAGGAAAAACACUCAAACUUCGGCAAGAGAUUACCACUUUCCAACAAGCUGAGAAUGAACAGUUCUAUAAGGCUUGGAAGAGAUAUGGGGAUUUAAUUCGUAAGUGUCCGCACCAUGACAUACCAAAGUGGCAAUUAGUACAAAGUUUUUAUUCUGGGCUGCUUCUGCCACAUCGUGUGAUGGUUGAUGCCUCAUGUGGAGGCUCUGUGAUGGUUAAGAGUGAAGAGGAAGCUUGGCAAUUGUUCGAAACUAUGAGCGAAGGGUCCCUACAAAAUGUUUCUUUUGAGAGGAGAGGUGAGUCAGUCACUACUGGCUCUGAUAAGCCACAAGGUAUGUAUGAGAUCAAACCAUCUCAUGACCUCAAUUCCAAAGUCGAAAUAUUGACUGAAAAGGUUAAUGCUGCACAAGGGUACGCUAAUGCACGAGGUUUCUCUCAACUGGGCAAUGAUCCGUAUUCUAGUACUUACAACGCGGCUGCAUAUCGCUCACAAAACCGCCAAGCACCCACCCAAUCCUCGCGGGAUCCAUCCUUCGAGGACAAGGUGCUGCAAGCGCUUAACCGUUUCAAUGAUACCCAACAACAAGUGCGUUCUAAUACCUGGUCCAUCUUGCGGCUCGAGACCCAAGUGGGUCAAAUAGCCAAUGCACUUAAUCGUAGGGAAGAAGGUAGGUUGCCCAGUCAGCCUAUUCAACCCCCUGGAGGACAGUUUGUGGUUCAUGACCCACCUCUUGCUGAUGCUAAGGAGAGUUCACAGAGUAAAGAGGGAACCCCUCCAGUCACACCUACAUCACCCACUUCUGUGUCAGCGGACUCUAAGGUACCACCUUAUGUGCCUAAAGCCCCGUUCCCAUCAUGUUUGAAUGCACCAUCUCCCUUUCCUAAAAGGGAAGUAUCUAUGGAGGAUACCCUUGAGGUAUUCAAGCAAGUGAUAAUUAACAUCCCACUCCUAGAUGCCAUCAAACAAGUCCCAACUUAUGCGAAAUUUCUAAAGGACCUCUGCACUCAAAAGAGGAAAAACCGAACCAAUGUGUCAAAAAAGGUCCUUCUCACCGAACAAGUGAGCUCUGUUUUUCAAUCGGAUGCUCCCCUUAAGAUGCAAGAUCCUGGUACCCUGACUAUUAAUAUAGUCAUUAGGAGGCAUGCCAUAGAGCGAGCACUUUUAGACUUAGGGGCUAGUGUCAACUUGAUUCGGUACUCGGUGUACGAACAAUUGGGGCUUGGGGAGUUGAAGCCCACGUCAGUUACCUUGCAAUUAGCUGAUAGAUCCAUUAAGGUGCUAUGUGGAGUAGUUGAGGACGUUCUUCUCAAGGUUAAUGAUUUUUACUUUCCAGCUUAUUUUAUAGUCAUUGACACAGAACCGGUGCAACCCUCAAAAAGCAGACUCUGA